AUGACCAGAGGGCCCAACCAUGCGAGCUUUAUGUGGGGAUCGAUUGAACGGUCCUGGGUUGAAGUCGGCACCCAAUUUGCUCGCAUGUGGCAUGCAUUUUUCUAUCGACUUGAGAGGCUUCAUGACCUAGAUGUGUCCAAUGCUCAGCAUCUUUGGCUAUUACAUGAGCUUUUCCUCGAGGAGAUUGAGUCUGACUGCUGCUCAUUUCAAGCUGAAUGGAAUGCACACCCUAUCUCAGGAGAGGGACAUGAUCAGAGCCCAAAUGAUAUGAGGCUUAUGGGCCAGCUCGAACAUGGGCUAUAUGCCGAUGAUUGUGAAGGAAUCCAUCCUGACAUCAUCAGACAGUACUAUGGAACUGCAGGCAAGCCUAUACAUUGUGCACCCCAUCAGACUGGAGCAGGUCACCCCUCAGAUGAGGUAUACUCAGCUUCUGGUUCUACUAAUGGAGAAUCAGAUGAUGAAGAAUCAGAGGAGGAGUGGGAAGACAUCGGUGAUUUUGAGAACCCAGGUGUCGAAACAGAAGAUCUACAAGAGCUUCCCCAGCUCAUUGCUGCUGAUCAUGAUGCUCAUUUCCACCAUAAGCCUGUUCGUGUUCCAAAGCAUGCCAGUCCAUUCAACUCUGCUACUCUUCACAACACCUUUCAUCAAGCUUUUACUCAAGUAUGA